CUUUUUUCUUUUUUUUUUUUUCUUAAAAAAAAAUAAUAUAAAUAUUUAUUUAUAUAUAAAACUAAAGGAAAUAAUAAAAAUACUCUUAUGACAAGUGAACCGUUGUCUGAGAUAAAAAAGACAUCUUCAAGUCAACAAAAUAGAAUUAAAGAGAACUUGAAACAUUCAAAGACUUUAAAACAACACGUAUUAGAUAAAGAACUAGAAAUAUCGGCUUUAUUUACAUUAGGUGUAAUUAUCGCAUUUUAUUUAGGAUCUUCUUUCGCUAAGAAAUGUUUAACGAUAUCAUAUAAAGUUGGGGAGAAUCAAUAUGAUAAAGGUUAUGAUGAUAUUUAUUUCGUUGGAUAUUGGGUAAUCGCUUUUACUUUUUUACGUGCGAUGGCUAUAAAAUUCGUUUUCUAUCCAAUUGGAAAAUAUUUCCGUAUUACAUCUUUUUCCAAAAGACAAAGAUUUACUGAACAAGCUUGGUCUUUUAGUUAUUAUGCCAUAUUCUGGUCAAUCGGAAUGCAUAUUAUGUAUCAUAGUCCUCAUUGGUUUAAUACUUCACAAUAUUGGAUUGAUUAUCCACAUAUUCUUAUAUCAAAAAAAAUGAAAAUAGAAAAAAGAAAAGAUCAUUUGGCUAUGAUGGUUCAUCAUUUUAUUACAAUUGCUUUAAUCGUGUCAAGCUAUUAUACUAAUUUUACUCGUAUUGGUAAUGCUGUUCUUUGUUGUAUGGAUUUUGCUGAUAUUUUCCUGCCUCUUGCCAAGGCCCUGAAAUAUAUUGGAUUCACUUUUGUUUGUGAUGUGACAUUUGGUAUAUUUGCUUUAUCAUGGCCUAUUACAAGACAGGUAUUAUUUACUAUGAUUAUUUGGGCUACAGCAGUUGAACCAAGCCAAUAUAUUGAUAUGAAAUGGGAACCUGAAAAAGGAAAAUAUUUUACGCCACUUACACAGAAAAUAUACAUUACUUUGUUUGUACUUUUAAACAUAAUUAUGGUUUAUUGGUUUUUAAUGAUUGUUAACGUGAUUAUUCGCGUUUUGCGGGGCAAGAGCGCUGAAGAUACCCGAAGUGAUGAUGAAGAUGAAGAUGACGAGACUAUGUAAGUUUUUUUUUUAUGCUUAUUUUCAAGGAGAUUUUUUUAUUCACACGUAAUUGAAAUAGGAGUGAUAAACAAAUUGAUUCUGAAAAGCACUAAAUAGAGAAAAAGAGCAAAAAUUUUUUAUAUAUAUAUAUGUAUUUAAACCUAUUUAAUGUGUAUUUAUUUAUUCCUCUUUAUAUAAAAAAAUUUGUUUAUGGAGAAAAAAAAAUUUUUUUUUUAUCACUGUCU